AAUUUCCAAAUGAAAAUUACUAAAUAAAAAGGUCUCUUUUGAAAUCGUCACUUCUUAUGCAAAAUAAAUUCCUUUAAUUUAUUUUACCAAAAACAUAACACAGUACACUAUGUAGAGGUUGAAUAAGUCCUUAGUGGAUUAGUUGCAAACUAAUAAAUCCUUAUCACUAAUCAACCCUCAUUAAUUUUGUUAUUUUGUUAAUUGUACUCAUUUUUAUGUCUUAUUAGAUUCAUACUUGUAACAAUCAUCUUAUACAAGUAUAAUUUUCUUUUUUAAUUUCUCCUAUCUUUUAAUUAAUCUUGUUAGAUAAACAUGUCAAUCUUAGGCUAUGAUAGCAAUAAUACUAGCCAUAGCAGCAGCAAUAUGAGCAGCCAUUCAUUCUUUGAAAUCAAAAAACAAGCAUCAUCUUACAUCAAAGAGAAGAUUAAAACUGCCAGAUUGGUUCUCACUGAUGUUACACCAGCACAGUUGAUGACAGAGGAAGCAACAACUGCUAAUCCAUGGUCACCGGAUACUCGAAUCCUGGGACUAAUAUCAAGGGCUGCUUUUGAAGUUGAUGAUUAUUGGAGAAUUGUGGAAAUUCUGCAUAACAAAUUAUCAAAAUUUGAUAGAAAGAAUUGGAGGGAAUCUUACAAUGCUUUGAUAGUAUUAGAGCACUUGCUGACUCAUGGACCAGAAAGUGUUGCAGAGGAGUUUCAAACAGAGAAAUUCAUCAUCAAUAACAUGGAAACUUUUCAGCAUGUUGAUGAAAAAGGAUUUAAUUGGGGCCUUGCUGUGAGGAAGAAGUCAGAGAGAGUAUUGAAGUUGCUCGAAAAGAGGCCUCUCCUCAAGGAAGAAAGAGAGCAAGCCAGAAAGCUAACAAGAGAAAUUAAAGGGUUUGGUAGCUUUUCUGGAAGAUCAGCCUCCCUACUUGAAGACCCGUUGACUUCGUAUGGAAGGAGCCAUUCCCAGUUCAAUGAGCAUGGAUGUGAUGAAAAACCACCGGAAAAGAAUGGUUUGAAUCAGCCUCGAGUAAUCUUUCUAGAUCACGAUGGUAAGGAUGACAAACCCAGAACUGUAAAGAGGUUUCUGAAAGAAAAUAAGGCACCAAAACAUGAGACAAGGAAAGAAGAUUGGCUUGGUUGGAGCAAUAAUACGGGGGAGAAAAAUCUGCUCUUGAAUGAAACUAGCAAUGGGGUGCUUAUAGAAGAGGAAGAUCAUCCAUUUAAUGAUACUGAGGAACAUAAUAAAGUGUCUUUGUUGGCUGCUUCAAAAGAGGAUUAAGAACAGAUGAGUUGUUUUCUGUAUUUUAGUUACAAGGUCCUGCACGCGCAAUUUGCAGGUUGUAUAUCAUAAACAGAGCAUGUUAGCUUGUCUAAAAUGUUAACCUUUGGUCAUCAGAGAUCUUAAUUUCAAUUUAUGAAAAAGAGAAUGCUGUAGAAUGCAAGAAAGAUACCAAAAUUGUUGUUGUACAUUUACCUUUGAUGCAAUUUUCUUGACAGUUUUGUGCUGCAAAUCUGCAAUUAUAAGGUUA